AUUGUUACCUGAAACACCCAACAGAGUGCGCAUUUGUUUUAAAACUCGGAAAAGAACACUCAUUCAUAAGUUACCUUCAUAUUCCUUACUGUGCAAAAGAAUUGUAAUAAAUUUCAACACAAACGCCGAAGGGACAGGAACAUAAUUUGGUUAUAAUCGCUAAAAAUCGUAGAGUUUGAAGUCAGAAUGUACUACAGAGGAGUAGUAAGGAGUCGGAAGAAACCACUCAACUUUCAUGAAUACGUAAAAGAUUAUUUUUAUCGGUCGUCAAUACCAGGUCUGAGACACUUAGUGCAUUCUAAGCGACACCCACUGGAAACCAUUCUGUGGUUGGCACUAAUGCUGUUCGCAGUGACAAUCACUGUAAGUGUCAUCACAAGCAACUGGCAGCGUUACAGCGCCAACCCGUCCGUAGUGUCGCUGGAGAAGGAUUUCAGAGAAUGGGAAUUUGAAUUUCCGGCCGUAACUAUUUGUUACCUUAACAAAGUUAAAGAGAGCAAAGCACAAGAAUACAUAAUGACAACGUGGGGAGUGUCAAAUGACAGCAAAACAGAAUAUGAAUAUUACAUGAAGUUUGUCGAAACAGUCGUAAAUAUGUCAUACAGUUCUCUCGAGAAUUUCAAGGAAUUCGCAGAAGACGUUAAUCUGAUAAACAUCGACAUGGAAGAUCUAAUCGAACAGGUUUAUUUUAACGAUACAAUACAAUACAGUACUGAUAACAGCAAACAUACGCUCCACAGAACAAUGACGGCAAAUGAACUAGGUUUCUGUAUAAAUUACGGGUCAGAGGCGGAAAAGAGAAUUUCUUUCAGAACAAACGUGACUGACGUGGAAAAACCUAAAAUGUGUAGUUUCAUUUUGAACGUGUGUUCGGCAAAGUUUAGUUUGGAGAGACAAGCGAGAGUAGUAAUUACAUCCGCUUACGAGGUGCCAGAUGCUACUAAUAAGCAAUACGAAACUCGAGUUGGCUACAUCUAUCAUCUGAUGGUGAAAAACAUACAAACCGUGUCCUCCUCUGAGGUCAGAGACCUGCCGAUACAGCGGAGACGCUGUCGGUACUUUGAUGAACCAGAGAGCGUCGGGAUCCCACACUACACAUACAAACUAUGCACAAUGAAGUGCAGAAGGAAACUGGCAAUCAAGCUAUGCGGUUGCUCCCCUCCAUUUUACCGACAACUAAACAGACCAGGACGGCAGAAGAUAUGCAACAUCAAAGGACUCAUCUGUCUGGGCGAAAAUACCGGAAGACUGCUGAAGUUGAUUGACGCGAACAAGAGACGCAUGCCAUGUGACUGCCUCCCCGUGUGUGAGAGCCUCGGGUUUCAAAUGUUGGAAGACAAGUUUGACAAUUGGACGAAAAGUGGCGGCCAGAAGGGGAUGAUACUUGACGUUACUCUCAGUGAGUUCGGCAGGAUCAGAUACAGAAGGGACGUUCUGUUUACUUUCGAUGAUCUGCUGGUGUCCUUCGGGAGUACAGCGAGCUUCUUCAUGGGAUGCAGCAUCCUGAGCAUCGUCGAGACUUUCUAUUUCUUCACCAUUAGACUAGUGUGGUACCUGUGGAGGCGACGCCAGGUUCUAAAAGCUCCGGAACAAAGACGCCAGCGUCUCGUCGUCUUUAGUGCGCAUUAAUAAUAUCCAACGUAAUUUUCCAACACGUAUUCACGCAGCAUUAUCAUUGACAUUUUAAAUAAUCUUUUUUAUUUUAUUACGCCUAAGUUCUAUCACUGAACUUAGUAAUUCACUGUUCUUAGAAGGCUUUGAGGUUCUCACGGCGGUGAGUAAGAAGAUGCCUGUCUUCUGUCUGAGGUCUGGU